CCGGGAGGCGAGGGCGGGCUGGGCGGAUUUGACGAGAGCCGCGGCGGUUGGCGAAGCGGACGGGGCGCAGCCUCUCCGGUGUGAAGAGCAGUCCCCACUGACAGAUCCCCUUCUUCCGGCCGCGCCACCCGGGAGGCGGAUCCCCGGGGCCUGAGGAGGCUUCCUCGGCCCGGGCCUCCCUCCCUCUCCUACGAGUCACCCGGGCGGCCUGGGAGGAGGAGGAGGAGAAGGAAGUCGUCGGGGGCGGCGGCGGGCAGAGAACCCGCUCCUCCUUUCCCAGCGGCGGCGGCGGGGGCAGGACAAUGGAGGUGGCUGUAGAGAAGGCGGCGACGGCGGCCGCGGCGGCUUCGGCGGCGGCCGCCGGGGGGCCCUCGGCUCCGCCGAGCGGGGAGAACGAGGCCGAGAGUCGGCAGGGCCCCGACUCGGAGCGCGGAGGCGAGGCGGCCCGGCUCAACCUGUUGGACACUUGCGCCGUGUGUCACCAGAACAUCCAGAGCCGGGCGCCCAAGCUGCUGCCCUGCCUGCACUCCUUCUGCCAGCGCUGCCUGCCCGCGCCCCAGCGCUACCUCAUGCUGCCCGCCCCCAUGCUGGGCUCGGCCGAGACCCCGCCGCCCGUCCCCGCCCCCGGCUCGCCGGUCAGCGGCUCCUCGCCGUUCGCUACCCAAGUGGGAGUCAUUCGAUGUCCAGUUUGCAGCCAAGAAUGUGCCGAGAGACACAUCAUAGAUAAUUUUUUUGUGAAGGACACUACUGAGGUUCCCAGCAGUACAGUAGAAAAGUCUAAUCAGGUAUGUACAAGCUGUGAGGACAAUGCAGAAGCUAAUGGGUUUUGUGUAGAGUGUGUUGAAUGGCUCUGCAAGACAUGCAUCAGAGCUCAUCAAAGGGUGAAAUUCACAAAAGACCACACUGUGAGACAGAAAGAGGAAGUAUCUCCAGAGGCAGUUGGUGUGACCAGUCAGCGACCAGUGUUUUGUCCUUUUCAUAAGAAGGAGCAGCUGAAACUUUACUGUGAAACAUGUGACAAACUGACAUGUCGGGACUGCCAGUUAUUAGAACAUAAAGAGCACAGAUAUCAAUUUAUAGAAGAAGCUUUUCAGAAUCAGAAAGUGAUCAUAGAUACACUAAUCACCAAACUGAUGGAAAAAACAAAAUACAUAAAAUUCACAGGAAAUCAAAUCCAAAACAGGAUAAUUGAAGUAAAUCAAAAUCAGAAGCAGGUGGAACAGGAUAUUAAAGUUGCCAUAUUUACAUUGAUGGUAGAAAUAAAUAAAAAAGGAAAAGCUCUACUGCAUCAGCUUGAGAGUCUUGCAAAAGAUCAUCGAAUGAAACUUAUGCAACAGCAGCAGGAAGUGGCUGGACUUUCUAAACAGUUGGAACAUGUCAUGCAUUUUUCUAAAUGGGCAGUUUCCAGUGGCAGCAGUACAGCAUUACUUUAUAGCAAGCGACUGAUUACAUACCGGUUACGGCACCUCCUUCGAGCAAGGUGUGAUGCUUCCCCAGUGACCAACAAUACCAUCCAAUUUCACUGUGAUCCUAGUUUCUGGGCUCAAAAUAUUAUCAAUUUAGGUUCUUUAGUAAUCGAAGAUAAAGAGAGUCAACCACAAAUGCCUAAGCAGAAUCCUGUCAUGGAACAGAAUUCACAGCCACCAGGUGGUUUAUCUUCAAACCAGUUAUCCAAGUUUCCAACACAGAUCAGCCUAGCUCAAUUACGACUCCAGCAUAUGCAGCAACAGCAACCUCCUCCACGUUUGAUAAAUUUUCAAAAUCACAGCCCCAAACCCAAUGGACCAGUUCUUCCUCCUCAUCCUCAACAGCUAAGAUAUCCACCAAACCAGAAUAUGCCACGACAAGCGAUAAAGCCCAACCCCCUGCAGAUGGCUUUCCUGGCUCAACAAGCCAUAAAACAGUGGCAGAUCAGCAGUGGGCAGGCCGCCCCGUCACCUGCCAACAGCACGUCCUCUACUCCAUCCAGUCCCACCAUUACUAGUGCAGCAGGGUGUGAUGGGAAGGCCUUUGGGUCGCCUAUGAUUGAUCUGAGCUCACCCGUGGGAGGUCCCUAUAAUCUUCCUUCUCUUCCAGAUAUUGACUGCUCAAGUACUAUUAUGCUGGACAAUAUUGUGAGGAAAGAUACUAGUACAGAUCAUGGCCAGCCGAGACCACCCUCAAACAGAACCGUCCAGUCACCGAAUUCAUCAGUGCCAUCUCCAGGCCUUGCAGGACCUGUUACUAUGACAAGUGUACACCCACCAAUACGUUCACCUAGUGCCUCCAGCGUUGGGAGCCGAGGAAGCUCUGGCUCUUCCAGCAAACCAGCAGGAGCUGAUUCUACACACAAAGUCCCAGUGGUCAUGUUGGAGCCAAUCCGAAUAAAACAAGAAAACAGUGGACCACCUGAAAAUUAUGAUUUUCCUGUUGUUAUAGUGAAACAAGAAUCAGAUGAAGAAUCUAGGGCUCAAAAUACCAACUAUCCAAGAAGCAUACUCACCUCCCUGCUCUUAAAUAGCAGUCAGAGCUCUGCAUCUGAAGAGUCUGUGUUAAGAUCAGAUGCCCCUGAUAGCACAGGAGAUCAACCUGGACUUAACCAGGAAAAUUCCUCAAAUGGAAAGUCUGAGUGGCUAGAUGCCUCGCAGAAGUCACCCCUUCACGUUGGAGAGACAAGGAAAGAGGAUGACCCCAAUGAGGACUGGUGUGCAGUUUGUCAGAACGGAGGGGAACUCCUAUGCUGUGAGAAAUGUCCCAAAGUAUUCCACCUCUCUUGUCAUGUGCCCACAUUGGCAAAUUUUCCAAGUGGAGAGUGGAUUUGCACUUUCUGCCGAGACUUAUCUAAACCAGAGGUUGAAUAUGAUUGUGAUGCUCCCGUUCACAACUCAGAAAAAAAGAAAACUGAAGGCCUUAUCAAACUAACGCCAAUAGAUAAAAGGAAGUGUGAACGCCUACUUUUAUUUCUUUAUUGCCAUGAAAUGAGCCUGGCUUUUCAAGACCCAGUUCCUCUAACUGUGCCUGAUUAUUACAAAAUAAUUAAAAAUCCAAUGGACUUGUCAACCAUCAAGAAAAGACUACAAGAAGAUUAUUCCAUGUAUACAAAGCCUGAAGAUUUUGUAGCUGAUUUUAGAUUGAUCUUUCAAAACUGUGCUGAAUUCAAUGAGCCUGAUUCAGAAGUAGCCAAUGCUGGUAUAAAACUUGAAAGCUAUUUUGAAGAACUUCUGAAGAACCUUUAUCCAGAAAAACGGUUUCCUAAAGUAGAAUUCAGGAAUGAAUCAGAAGAUAAUAAAUUUAGUGAUGACUCAGAUGAUGACUUUGUACAGCCCCGGAAGAAACGCCUCAAAAGCAUAGAGGAACGCCAGUUGCUUAAAUAAGCAACACCACUGGCGUGUGCUGGUUUUUAGAUUUUUUUUGUUUUCAAAAAACAUUUUGUCAGUAAUUUAACAUCAUUACCAAGAAGAGCUUGUGACCACUUUAAGUUUUCAAUGUUUACUAGACUCUGAUUUCCUUAAUAACCCAUUUCUUUUAACCUUCUUAUUAAGAAAGAAAGAAAAAGAGGGAGGAAGGAAGGAGAAAGGAAGAAAGAAAGAAGCAUCAACAACAGAAUAAAAAGACAUUCUCCCCACUUAUUGGGUUUCAAACUGCAGUCUGGAGUGAUAGCAACUAUAGAAAGGAAAUAGACUUUGUAUGAACUCUAAGUUGAAAAUUUAAUGUGGUUUGGAUGCGUGCGUUAAUCCAUUUUUAGAAAAUACCACUACUCAUUAACUAUGGACCAACCAUGAGUUAGGUGUACUGUACAUAAGAGCAGUACUCCAAUGAGUAUGAGUGGUAAUAAGAGUUCUAUCCUAGGAUGCCCCCUGGUGCAACGAAAAAGUAGAUUAGAUGCUAUUAAGAAGGCACCUAAUAGUAUAUCAUGUAAGAUGGCAAUUGUAUUAAAGAAAAAGGAAAACAGAUGUUUGAUUUUUGUUUUUGUUUUUUUCUUGUCUAUAGAGGUGUGUUUGGUAUAGCAGGUUUUCAAGCCCAUUUUUCGUACAUUUCUAAACCUACCUUCCACUGAGGAAGUAAGUGUACUCGUUUGGUUUUGCUGUGUGUCUAUGUGUGGUUUGUUGUUUGCUUUUUAACUGUGCAGGUGAUCCUUUUAUAACAAGACUCAUUGUUUGCAGUAUGGCUUUUAGUGGAGCUAUCCAGAAUAUGCAAUACAGCAGUGUGUGCCGUAUUUGAUGUAAGGAUUCUUCAGCGUAUACCCUAUUGGGCAUUAAAUAUAAAUUCCCCUGAAAGGGACCAGUUUUUGUGGUUUUCAUCUGUCUUCAUAAAUUGGAAUGAAAUGUGUUUUGGAAUUUGGGAGCAGGCAACUGGAGGAAAUUAGAGUGAAAUUUACAAUUUUUUCUGAAGCAUCUAUUUCCCAUUCUUCAGAGUCAGAACCUCAAACUGAAUCUUUCAUCUGACUUAAUUCUGGACUUCAUUUUCAUUCUCCUGAUAGAGAUACAAAAGACCUACCUUCUGAGGGCAAACAUAUUCUUAAUGGGUCAGACCUAGCUAGUUUACUGACUUUCAUUUAUUCCUUUUACUUGUUGUUCAGUAUCAGAGAAGGAAACUAGGUUAAGAUAGAAGAAAAUUAUUGUGCCAUUUGCUAACCUAACAUUUGACAGUAUAUUUAUAUGUGAACUUUUUUAGUUUGCCAAAGUAAACCUUUAUUUAUAAAACAUUAAUUGGCUGAGGAAAUUUUCCUCUCUAGGCUGAUAGAAUAAAAAUAUAGCUGACUUGAAAGAAUUUUACCUUUGGAUAGUGUCAUCUCCCAUGAAUUAAACCUAGAGGAUUUGCUUGUAUCCACAUGGCAUUAGUUCUUAAGAUGGACAAUUUGAAAAUAUCCUGUGGCUAAGUCAUUGGGUUUCAGAUACUGCUAAAGAUAAAAUGAGAAAAGAACUUACUGGCAAGAGCAUCUCACUUUCUGUGUAGACUUAGGUUUAGUCCAUAGUAUGUCAGUUAUGUACUAAAGGUUAAAAAGUCUUAAUCACUUUUCCAAAUAUGUGUUUCAGGGUAGUUGUUGUUGUUGUUGUAUUGUUUUGAACAUGUGUUUGACAUUUGUUCUCCAAAGACUUGAACAAAUUUUGAUAAUAGUGCAUAUACCACCAAUUGUCUUCUUUUGCUCCAGCAUUUUUAGCACAGCAGCCGUGGAGCUUUUCCUAAUAAGUUUAUUGUUUUUAUCUUAGAAUACUAUUCUUAUGAUAGUUUUUUCUUCGAUACUUGUCUCCUGAGUUAAAGCAGGGCACCACAGGUAAAUUUUGAGGAUGAUCACAAAGGGAAGUAGCACUUAAGAGAGAAAAAUUAUAAUUUUGUAAAUGCAUCUGAGCCAGAAUUUCUACUAAUGUACCCAAAACUUUCACUGUUAUUAUUCAGUGCCAUAUUAAUCUUUUCAAACAAUAUUUUUCUUUCACCUUUAUCAUUUUUUUGCGGAAUGAAAGGCACUUGAAAACCAUCUUUCCUGUAAUCAUACAUAAUAUAUACUAAAAGUGUUUCUCCAAAUAACAUUUUCUUAAUGGUCUUAAAAUUAAAGUCCUACGACCUUAUUAACAGGUGCCUGUGUGUCCAGGUGGAUCCCAGCAAAGUAGUCCUUAAAUUAUAAUAGUAGUAAGCUAUAAGAUGAGCCUAACUAUACCUCAUGCCCAUUUGGAGAGAAUUCCUUUCAAAAGGUCAGUGCCACUCAAGCAACCUUGACCUAAACUUAAAAAACUCCAGUGUUUACCUCUGAUCGAAAACUCCAGGAGAUUACCCUCUGGAUUUAGAACCAAUAGCCUCAUGUCAUAUCUGCAAGACCCCCAAUGCUGAAUGGGAUCACAUGAUGAGCAGGCCAUGUGGCAGCUAGAAUAUACUCAAUCCUGGGAAACUCAUCGAAAGCUUUCCCAGGUGCCAAGCAUCUGAUCUUUCCAGCAAAAAGGAAACCCAGUACACAGUUAGUGACUUAACAUGGCUUUGGUAGAAGUAUAAAUGGAUAAUGUAUACCAUAUUAAAUUCAAAAUACUAUUGUACAUCAGCACCUGGCAAUGCAGUUAUUUUGUCCUUUGAAUUAACAGGCCCUGCUUAUCUUUUCUGAAUGGAAGCGUAGGAAAUUGGAAGGUCCUGAGAGGAAAAUGUCCUCUUUCCUUGGUAGCUUUGCUUUCUUUUCCAAGCUAAAGAAUAGGCUCCACAUUUUACUACUACACAGUAGUGUAGAUGUAAUACAACUUAGGAAUGCUUUCAAAAAGUUUCACUCCACAGUCAAAAGGGUGAGUAUAUAGCCGAUUGCUCCAUUUAUGAAUUUGCAUUUCAAUUUUCUAUGCUGUUACAGUGUUUAAACUUUUAAAUUGGGGUUCCGUGGAGAGACUCCUUAGACAAUGAAAGGAGGAACUCCUCCUUUUGUUGAGGCCUGAUCUACAAAUGAAUGUGAAUCCCAACAGUAGGUGACUGCACUGAAGCAAAAGGUUUUUAGGUUUAAAUAGAAGAUGUAUUUAUUUUCUGUUUAUCUGUAUCUGUUAUGAAUGAGAGAAAUUGAGUGAUCUGAUUGACCAUUAAAAUUAUGGACAUAACCAUGAGUUCAACCAUCCAAUUAUUGAAAUAGAGGCCCUCAUUUUAAAUAACCAUGCACAUAUUUUUUAAAGUAUUGUAUAACCUCGUGUAAGUUAAGAGUUCGUGUCUUUUUAUUUAUAUUGCCCCUUCAUCUCUGGUCUGAAUUCACUAAAAUUCACAGGUUGGUGGCUCAUGCUCUUGAGUGAGAAUAAUGCUAGCCAAUCAGAUCACAGAUUUCUCUGCCCAUGAAGGUUUCGCUUAUUGUGAAGGGUAUCUGAGACAGUAGUCUUCGUUGUUGUUUUUAAUUUGGGGGAGUCAACUGGUGCUUUGAUUUUAAUAAAAAUCAGCUUUGA